AUGGCCCCCAAGAAACCUAGAACACCCAAAAGAAGAAAGACAAGGCAUAGAGAACCUGAAAAUGUUGAAGAGGUAGAGCAUGAAGAAUUUGAAGUGGAGAAAGUAGUAGGCCGUCGUGUAGUAGCUGGCAAGGUAGAAUAUCUCCUGAAAUGGAAGGGAUAUUCAGAUUCUGAUAAUACCUGGGAACCAGAAGAACAUUUACAUUGUCCAGACUUAAUCCAUGCUUUUCUGAAUUCUCAGGAAGAUAGCAGUGAAUCUGAAGGUAGCAUAUCAAACGUAUCAACAGAGAAUAGCAAUGCAAAUGAUAACCCAACAGGCUUUGAUAGAGGUCUAGAGGCAGAACGAAUACUUGGUGCCACAAGAUCUAGUGAAGGAUUAAUGUUCCUCAUGAAGUGGAAAGAUUUAGAUGAACCUGAGAUGGUGUUAGCAAGAGAGGCUAAUGUUAAAUGUCCUCAAAUUGUAAUUGCUUUUUAUGAGGAGAAGAUAAUUUGGGAAGCUGCAUCAGAAGAUGAUGCUCAGUGA